GAGACAGCUGCUGCUCUCUUGAUGCAGGUGGACGAGCAGUGGAUUAACUGAAAGUGAGUACAGAGUAAAAUCAGCUUUAACAAACUACAAGUGAAAAGACGUCAGAAAUACUGGUUAAUCGAGGUAAGAAAACUUGCCAAAUCUUUUCAAAAUGGAAAUAUUUAAUAUUCACUGUGUGAUUUGUAACGCGCUGCGUUUUGCCUGUUUGCUUGUAUGGGGCUCUUUAAUGUAAUGUAGGUAUUUUUCAUGCUCAUAUAGAGACUUCAAACUGCAUUAAAAAACACACUAAAAAGCCUUGGUUUGAGAUGUGUUGCUCCACAUCUGAAUGAAACCAAUUCAACAAUUUAAUUUAUAAUUAACAUUAAUACUGAACAAAUAAAGAGCAAGAAUUAAACCCAGAUAGGGAUAUAACAGACAAGGAUAUCGACCCAGAGUGGAUGGUUGCAAGCCAUGCAUGAAGAUGAAAUGUUCAUUUUCCUGUCCUCGAAAAACACAUCUUUUUGCUGUGCUUUCUCUGAUCUCUGGACAUCUUGGACAAAAUAUUCUUGAACAAUAUUGCCUCUGGCCACUGUAACCAAUUUCCUCAGGUCCUUCAGGGUGACCUGUGGUUUUUCUGCACCAACACAUCCAUUCCCAUGCCUUUUCAUCAUAGUUCAUCACAGAGUUUAAAAAACAAGACCGGAGUUUAAGUUGGGAAACAAUCUCUGUGACUGUGUUAUUAGCUGUUAUUCUAUUGUAUUUUUUAUAUGUUGAGCACAUUUUUCUCGACUGUUGAAACUCUGUGGUCAGUAUUGUUCUUCUAACAUAAACAAGAACCCACAAAAUCUUGUCUCAAGCUAAUCGAGGUUUUGUCAUGCCAAAUGAUGAAGCUAUGCACAUGUCUAAAGUACACUUUAGAAAAACCGUACUACCGAGCAGAAAAAGAAAAAUUGUUGAAACAAUUGUUAAUGCUGCAUGUACAAAUCAUGGGUUGUAUAAACACAGUUGUAGUCAGAGUGGCAUAACCCAUUGUUUUCUCAAGUGCUAUGAAGUCAACACAAGACAAUCAUAGCAUAGGAAAUGCUGACUUUAACUAACCUCUGAUUACCUGGAGACUGGCAAACACAUGUCACAAAUUAAGAUGUGCAACCAAGACGAAAACCUUUUUUCACACCAGUCUGUGAACACGUUUCAUUCUGCUGUAAAAGUGGUUAAAUAACAAAAAGUCUAAAGAGGAUCCCCUGGAUUUUGAAACAAAUAGUCAGAAAUAGCAUUCAAUUCUGCAGUUCCUCCAGUGUCCACUUGGGGCUGGCUGAAUGACACACCCAUUCUCAACAGCCGAUCUUUUGCAUUUUUAAAAAAAAAAAAAAUGUUUACAGCCUGGUUCACAUAACGAUUUUUGGUCUGAAUAGCUCAAUAGAGAAACAUUUUGUCAUGACUUAUGAUUUUAAAUAAAGUUUUUUCAAUAAAAAGGCUUAAGGCUGACUUGACAGGUAAGCAAAGUUACGUUAAGUUAGCGUUUCCAAUUUGUUGACAUCCAUCAACUAGCUUCAGAACUCCACUUCAGAGACCAGAGGGUGAUGCGUCUGAGAUGGUAACAGCAUUCCCAACAGUAAUUUUAUUAGAAGGCACAUUUCAUUACAGGUUAAAGAUAAACUAGAGGACUGCAGAAAGUAAAUGUCUCUUCACAAGACUUUGAUGUAGUUCUGGGCACAGUCAGUAAACUUCCACCUGAUGAUCUUUGGUGUCUGAUUGGGUUCUUGUCCAUUAGCAGGUCAUUUAACCCUUUUUGGAAAAAUAAUAGGAUUUAGAAAGUAACUGUACUGAACCUGGAACCAAAAUGAUUUGACUACUGUGGUGAUAUGUUCAAAUAUGGAUGAAGAUCCAGGCACUCAUAUCUUAUAGUCUAUGCCAUUACUCAUUCACUUGUUUAAUGUGUGGCAGUUUCAACAUAUUUUAAUUAUCAACAACAUCGACAUAGAGACUUUAGUAAUAAGACCUAAAAAUAAAUAAAUAAAUAAAAGAGUUUUUUUUUUUUCUCGCCUCACAAGAUUACUGCGCGUUAAUGCACCAUAUGUGAGACUCUAGUCUGCUGGCUCAUUCAUGGCACUAUGGUUUUAUUAUAUCGUGCAUCCAUCAGCCUGUCCCACUAUAAACUGAUGCUUCUGGUUGAGUUCAUGUUAUUAGCUAGGAUUGUUUAAUUGAUAGAUUGAAAAUAAUUUUAAUUUUCUUUUUAUGUCCAUAAAUACUUUCGUUUUCACAUGUGCAAACAAUGCUGUGGUGUUGAGAUAGGAAUCCAUGCGCAAAAUGUUUUUUUUUUUUUUCUCUCAGACCACUGGAAUGUUCCUGCCUCUAAAAACCACAACUUUUUUGAUCAAACAAAACUAGAUAAAGGUUCAUGCAGUUUUAAAUGCUUGUUGUUGGUCCAAUUUGAUUAUGAAACUCUUUCUUCACCAUGUUGGACAGCCAGGAAUGUGUGGAGUUAGAAUUUGCAGAGUUUAUGCAAACACACAGACGUGAGAUCUCAUGUAUUUCCUCAAUCAUAAAAUUUACAAUCCUGUGUUUAAAGAGACAAGGCAGUUUCUAAAGAGGGCUUUUCUGCAGGUAUAAAGUCCACAGAUUAGGUAGGAUCCAUUCUUAUCUCAAGCACUUUUAUAACAAUGUUUUGGACUUUCAGCUGUUUUCCCUGCCCAGGAGACAAACCAUUAACUCUGGGCUGGAUCUGAAAAAGUCAGAGCAUAUAAAAGGAUCUACACCCCGUCUGUUGUCUUCUUCUCUGGUGGAGACAUGGGGAAAAGCGUCUACCUGAGCAAAGGUGCGGUAUGCGCCUGUGUGGUGCUAGCCAUCGCAGCUGUUGCCACCAUCAUAGGCCUGGCUGUGGUCUACGAUCGGGAAAAAUCAAAGAAUGAACAGACAGCCACCCCUGGUCCAACAUCCACCCCAAUUCCAACCACACCCUCCACCCCAAAGGAGCCCUGGCAGAAGUACCGACUCCCAGACUCGCUGGUUCCUAUCUCCUACAAUGUGACUUUGUGGCCCCGACUGGAGCCCAAUAAAGAGAAUCUCUACAUCUUCACUGGACACUCCGCAGUAAUUUUCCGAUGUGAGAAGGAGACAGACCUCAUCCUCAUCCACUCUAACAAACUCAACCUCACCCUCUAUGAUGGACACCAUGCCAAGCUGACAGGCCUUGGUGGGGCCACUGCUCCCCCUCUGUCAGAAACCCGGCUGGAGAUCCCCACACAGUACCUGGUGGUGCGGCUGAAGAGCCCAUUGAAGGUCGGGGCCACUUAUGAACUCUUCACUGAGUUUGUUGGAGAGCUGGCUGAUGACCUGGGAGGAUUCUACCGAAGUGAAUACAUGGAAGAUGGAGUGAAAAAGUAUGAUUUUUUUCAUUUUACCUUCAGAUAUUUUAGUUUAGUUAAGUUUACUUGUGUCUGUGAGCAACAAUGACAGCUUUAAAGUCACUGAAAGCCAUGCAUCUGAACUAGACCAUCACUUUGAAGGUCAUAGAUCUGGAUUAUGGAUGAUAUAACAGACUGUUAUCAGUUUGCUUUACACAUGAAGCAACAGCCAGUGGCUAUUUUUCUCAGCUUUGCAUAGCCCAGGAACACUGGUUAGAUGUUCACCUAACAUGGGCUUUUAAAGCUCCUGUGAGGCGCUUGUCAGUUAUAGAUUUAUAAUUUCUAUACUGCAGUUUUUAAUACCUGGAACUGCUGUGAGGGGUUACAUACACUGAAGACAAUUAACAAUAAUUAGAGGGUUGUUGCUUUGACCACUGGGGGCACCAAAAUCUACACAUACUUACAGUUUCUCACAGGAGCUUUCAUAACAAGCACAUUAACUUAAUUUCAACUCAUCAGGAUAAUUUUGUAGACAAAAAGAAACUUUUCUUCCUGGACAUACUUUGGAUAUGCCAGAAACAUAUUUUGACACAUCUGCGGUUAUGGGAUUGAAAUGUAAAUCGUUUCUAGAUUUUAAACACAAAAGUUUGCUCGAGAGGAAAAAACCAAAAAAAAUAAAAAAUAAAAAAAAAAAACAAUAAAAUUAGUAGACAAUACAAAUAUGAAAAUAUCAGAAGUUACUUAAUAAAAAGAUUUACACUAUUUAUGCAGCUGUUAAAUCUUUAGGACUUAGAUGUUACUUAAUUCUGAGCCACUUCCUCAAAGGGCAGAAUGUGAACUCAUCAUGCUGUUAUCUUUUCCGUUGAAGUGCGACUGUGACAACGGACUUGGACGACACUCAGGAUUUAGAAAAUUAAUACAUCUAGAUCUAAUGACUACUUUCUAGCUUGGCACAAAGAUGAAAACAGUCUAUAUUUUUACAUGACAUGAAAAACUGAUAACAUAAACCUCAGUUUUAUUUCCACCAAUUUAACUCUUACAAUCUGUUAAUAAGAAGUCAAUUUUACUCUAAAAAGACUCCAACAUCUUCAAGAAUACGGUUGUAAAAAUGUGAAUUUAAGGUUGUACAUAAAAUAUAAUUCAUAAGAGAAUAAAGCCGUUAUUUUCAUGAGAAGAAAAAUCAUGAUCGCAGGAUAUGGUCAGUCCACAUGUAAGAUAACAAAUGGGGAGAUAGCAGAUCAGCAGUCAGUCACCUGCACUAAAAUGUUGAACUUUGAUCAUCUAGUGAAAUUAAACUCAACAGCUGAGCACAAACAGUGGUUGCAGAAGCAUGCCGGUUUCUCUUACACUCUAUAUUUAUGACAAUGUGAUAUGAUGGUUAAAUAAAAGACAACAGACUCCUCAUCAGAUCUUCCUCUUUCAGAAUAAUUUCCACGCAAACCUACAGCUAAAUUAACACCAUUGUUCUCAUAAAUCUUGACAUAAUAGUGGAAAUAUCAAGCAUUUUUCCUUUUCAAUGUGGUCCUUAUUCUCUUUAUCUUAUGAGGUCAGAAUGUAAUAUUUGGUGCACUGACGCUCUUGGAUGUGAAUAGUCCUCUUUUUUAAAUGCAAACAGCAGGGUUGUCAAUAUGAAAAUGAAAAUAUUGAAAUCAUGAAAAUAUUUCAAGUCUUAUGUAUUUGCAGUAUUGCAGGAUGCCUCAGCCUGACUCUAAUGUGAUCAUUGCCACAGUGGUUACAGCUAGAAGUGUCAUGUCAUGUGUGGCCAUGAGUAAAAUUCCCAAAGAUAGUAUCACUUCUUGAUAAGCCUCCAUUCUCCACUCUGCCGUGUUCACUGUUUUGUCUUUGCUACUAUAGGCUACAUAACAAGGUGAAAUCACACUCAGCAGCACAACUUUAUGAGCCUAUUAACAGAGAAAAACAACAGCUCAGUAUCUUCAGCAAACUGGACAUUGACACGUGGCAGAUAGUGGUUUCAAAGUGAUAUCAGCUAUCUGCAUCAGUGUGAUAUUUGUAACAUAUUCAGGUUGAGAUAAUUUAUACUUUAGGUUGACAGCUUUAUACACUCUGCUGUUGAUACUUCUUUAGGCUCUCUAGCCCAGAGUUUCCCAUAAACAGAGCUGCUGAUUCUAACAGUCACAAUGCUGACCUCUUUCUGAACAAAUCAACAGCAAAUGUCAGGUUUGUUCACUUGCCAACUUUGGGAGCUAAUAACUGAUAACGUCAAUGACAAGGAGAAAUACAAGUUAAGCAACAAAGGUCGUAUCGGGUAAAACUAUCUCUUCUUCUUUACCAAAUAACUCUUGUGUUUGCUGUUGUCAGAGUUGUGGCAACCACUCAGAUGCAGCCGACUGAUGCCAGGAAGGCCUUCCCAUGCUUUGAUGAGCCCGCCAUGAAGGCUGUCUUCCACAUGACUCUCCUGCACCCACAUGGGACUGUGGCUCUGUCCAACGGCAUGAACCACGGCAAGUUUCUGCCUCAGUCCACAGCAGCAUUUGACAUGUACUCAGCAUACAGCUUUAGAGCUUCUUUGAGGAGUUUUAUGACAUAAUGUAAUGGACUGAAAUCUAGGUAACACUUUACUUGACGCCUAUCUCUAAAACGCAUUAUAAGUAUAAUGUAUAAUGCGUUAUAAUCACGUUAUAGCACUGUAUAACUAUAGUUAUAAACACUUAUAAAUGAUCAUAAUGCUUUAUAGCAAGAAUCCUAACACAUUAUAAAGACUUUUAUCAUGACUUACAAGGUCAUGUAUUAUAAUGUGUUAUGCUUAUUAUUAUAAAGCCUUAUGAUAAAUAAUGAGUGUUUAUAAUGAUAGUAAUACAAGUUUAUAAGCUUAUUUUAACACAUCGUGAACAUAUAUAUAAAGCAUUAUCAAUGCAGGCAUUGUCAGUGAGUUGUUAACAGUUAUAACACAUGGUAAUACCUGACCUUGUAAGUAAUGAUAAAAUGCUUCAUAAUGUGUUAUGAUUAUUGCUAUAAAGCAUGAUGAUAAUUUAUGAGUGUUUAUAACUAUAGUUAUACAGUGUUAUAAUGUGAUUAUAACGCAUUAUACAUAUACUUAUAAUGCGUUAUAGAGAUAAGUGUCAAAUAAAGUGUUACCGAAAUAUAUUUAAAUGCCUUUUAGAGAUAUACAGAGGCAAACAAGACAAUCAAUGAUAAGAAAGAGCUCUGUUUUUAACAAUAUCCACAUAAAAUGUUUACAAUAAAUAAUACAUUUGACUGUCAAAAACCUGCAAAAUGAGACUUUUGACAGAAGACAAUACUUGAAUAUUUAGAUCAAUAGAUGUUAUGCAUGACAUUAGGAAACUUUUCAUUGACAUGUUUUAUACAGGAUAGAGGAAUAACAUUAAAAUAACCAGUGGAUGUCCAAAUAACAUCUAAAGCCAAAGUGAUUAAUAGAGCGAGUAAGUGCUCUUUUUUAAAGUGCUCUUUUUUUCUUUGUGUAAGAGAUCUGUCCUUACCUCUCCUUACAGCGCCUGUUAAUGUAACUAUGGAUGGCAUUGAUGUACAACGGACUAGCUUUGACCCCUCUGAGGUCAUGUCCACCUACCUGCUGGCUUUCGUUGUCUGUGAUUUCUCAUUCAUUGGGUCUAAACCUGAAGAGGACGUUCUGGUAAUCAAAUCUUACAUUUUCAAAUUGAAACAUAUGAAAACAGGUGUAAAAUAUGUGACUUUACCGUAACAGGUGAUUUUUUUUACUGCUAGUACUUUAUCCUAUGUGUCUUGCAGAAUCUCUGCAGUAAAAGUGGCACACAGUUUUUAUGGUUUCUAAUAAUUAAUUUUAAUUGCAGCAGUUUGAGCUACAGGGCUGAAACAGACUCUAACCCUUGUCAAUGGUGUUUAGAUUCUCUUUACAUCACUAUGACUUUUACACCUUUUACAACAUAAUAACUUCUGCUAUUGCUUCCCCUACAAUACUCCACCAUAUAACUUGUGUAAGCUUGUCAGGGCCAAGAUGUAAACUCGUGUGAGUCAACACUUAAGUUUGAAACUCAAAAACUCAAAGGAAGAAGCACAAAAGCUCCCUUUUGGAAACACUAGAGAAGAAAGAUGCUCUUUGAAUUUAAGAUAAGUUUCGAUGAUUCAUAUGCUGUUAUCAAAACUUUACGGUGAAAAAUCAUUUAAACUUCAUCAUUGGACCUUUGUAGUUCUCACUUCAUUCAGAGUAAUAGGGCCAUCCUCCUCGCAGUCAUCGUGUCUCUCUGCCGCCCUCUGCUGGACUAAAAGUAGGCCUACUGUAUGUUUUCUGUCGGAUUAAAUGGUGCACUAUGUAUGUUCAGAUCAGGAUCUGGGCCCGCAAGAAGGCAAUUGAGGAGCGUCAGGGAGACUACGCCCUGGAGAAGACUGGACCCAUCCUGGCUUUCUUUGAGAAGUACUACAACUCCCCUUACCCCCUGACCAAGUCAGGUAGGAGACAUAGACACAGAAAGCAUCACAAAGACAGACAAAGUUUAUGUACUGAGCUUUGAGACAAAAAUGUAUUUGCACAGUAUUAGUUUAUACUACAGAAACACAUGAAAAAUAUACAGUCCUUGCUCUUAUGUUUAAAGGAACAGUGUAUAUUUAGCAGCAUUUGGAGGUACAGACUUGGAACAUAACAUUAGUAUAAUAAGCACAAAGUUCCUCACUGGAGCUUUAAGGAAUGCAAUUAGGACUGAAAUUAAUGGGGUUUUUAUUUGGCUUUCACUUUCAUCUAUUAUAACUUCAUCAAUAUACUUAUUUCUAAAAGGUGCAGAGGCUCAAAGUAGAUGUACAUCCCUGUAUUGUUUACCUGUGUUGAUUUAUCUUUCCAUUUCAGGAUGACAAAGUUUGUUUUCCUAUCACACAAAUUAAAUUAACUCAUCUUGAGAUAACAAAGCUAAUUCUGUGAAUACAGGAUCAUUUUCUGUUUAUCUAGCAAAUGAAAUAAUAAGUUGGUCCUUGUAAUAGGUCAGACUGUUAGCUAAUGCUGCCAAAAUGACUAGCACUGAACUACUCUGCUUCUGGUUGUUUCAAUAAAGCCGUUAAUGAAUGCAGACAGAACCACUCUGCGAUGGGCAUGUCUCUCUCAUACUGGCAAAGCAUUAUGGAUGCUCAACGAGUAUAUAUAAUAAAAGAGAGAGAAGACACCUUUGGGCCACAAAUGCAAUGAAAUACAUAAAUCUCACAAUGUCUAGUUACAUUUAUCAGAACAGACUUGGCAGAAAUGAAAUAUAACAGUCAUUAUUACGAGAGAAUUACUUUCAGUCAGGGCUGCUUUUGUCCAUAAGGAUAAAUUGUUUUUGUGCAAGAAGUUAUAUCAGCUGGUACAGCUCUCUAAUCGUCUAUGUGGAAAGCCUUAGGUGGGUUAGAAACACACACAAGCAGGGAGAGCAGCAGCAAGGACCCUUAGGAACACAACAGAGCAGAGCAGGCAUCAGUGACAGUACACAAGACACUAGUAAGAUCAGACACAGUAGAAAAAGGAGGAGGAAAAAGGAAGCAGCAAAAUAAGACAGGCUGAAGCUGUUCAAAUAGAGGGACUAUUAUGACAUUUUGCCUAUUUCGCUGUGAACAGGGGCCAACCGCUUCACUUUCAGCAGAAAUGGGCUGACAUCAGGAGAACCUGUAAUUAGAUGUACUGUGGGCUAAGCAUGCUGUGGACUGACGUCAUGUUAUGCUCGGUUUAUAAUCAUGGUUUUGUUUUUGUGAACCUAGAGUGGGACGUGUUUGUCUGCAAAACAGUGGGCCCCCCUUCUAUGGAGGCCUCUAUCUUGCACCACCAUGUCACUACUGCAGCAUAAAGACAAAGUGAAUGAAAGUGGUUCUUAUGAGCAAAAGCAUAAGUAUUGACGUUUUUGAUGGUAAAAACUUGAUAAAUGGAGAAUUGAUUUGAUACUUGUGUAUCACAAGAGCUUCCUGUCUUUCAAAGGCCAGUGUUGUUAUGGGAACUUCACACACUGGGAGGGAUGAGAAAGGGAGUAUUUAAACCUAGAGUCUUACUACAAGAUAUGAAUACCCCCAUUUUUAAAAAUUGCAGCUUUAAGUAAAAUAACAGACAUUAUAAACCCUGAUGACAGCCACGAUAAUGAGGUAUUUGAGCAAAUUCUAAUUUACGAGUUAUAAUCAUCGGUCAUUGAGUUAAAAUAUUAAGAAAACAAUGAUAUCACCUUGUUAUUACAGGUAAAUGGUGUAAUUUGUGGAUGCAUUUUCAUCUAACAGUCCUUGAACACACCAGGAGGGGUAGUACAUUUCAUGGUGGUGCCCCCUAACUGACUGAUAUGGCAUAAUUCAUAAAAUCCAACAUAUAAGAUGAAUAUACAAAAUCCUUUCAUGCUCUGCUUUUAUUUCCUCUUCAUUCUUCUUUUUUUAUACGUUAUUUUGUCUUUUUUUUCUUUUACUUUUGUUGAGCUCCCUCCAUACCAGAAGAAAAGAAUUGGUAAAUAAUUACUUUAAAAAAAAAAUGAUAUAAUUGAUCUUUUCCACAGUAGAUGUGCCUUGUACUGUUUUUAGCCUCUGGUUUCCUUUGGGAGGUUCCAAGUUUUCCAGCUUGUUUUAUCUCACUGACUCUAGCUGCUUAAAUGAUGUCAUGAAGGGAUUUAGAAUGAAGAUUAAAAAACAAAGAAAGUGUGCAGUGAUCAGUCAAAAUUGUCUUGUGCUGAUGUGUUUAGAUCAGAUCGCUCUUCCUGACUUCAGUGCUGGAGCCAUGGAGAACUGGGGUCUGAUCACAUACAGAGAAACCGCCCUCUUAUACAACCCCGGGGUCUCAUCCAAUGGAGACAAGGAGUGGGUGGCAACAGUCAUCUCACAUGAACUGGCUCACAUGGUAUCAAACUCAAGUGUUUCAAUGGCUCCCCGCCUUUGUAGAAUCUCAUUUUCUUUGUAAUAACCGUGUUCAGCUUUGAAAACCUGAUCAAAAUGCAAAGCUCUGUCUUUUAGUGGUUUGGAAACUUGGUGACGACGCGGUGGUGGAAUGACCUGUGGCUCAAUGAAGGGUUUGCUACCUACGUAUCAUACCUUGGAGCCAAUUAUGCUGAGCCAACUUGGAAUAUGGUGAGCUUUGUUCUCUGCCGGACUCAUUUGGUCCUGAUAAUGUUUCCAACAUCUUUAUGUGUCUGACGGUGCCAUCAUGCUCAACACAAACAUAUCUGUUUACAGAAAGAUUUAAUCGUGCUGAAUGAGAUCACUGGUGUGAUGGGUAUUGAUGCUUUGGCGUCCUCCCACCCCCUCUCAUCUAAAGAAGAGGACAUCCAGAAGCCAGAGGACAUCAGUCAGCUGUUUGACUCCAUCACAUAUAGCAAGGUGUAGUAUAACUGAGGAUAUGACAGUACAAAUUACUGAUGGAUUGUUCCCUGCAAGCCCCACAAGACAAGAUAUCGACCUCCUCUAAAGUAAACAGAGUGAAUGAAACUGUCCCCACAUGACCCUCAUCAAGGACGCCUGAAACUCACUUUGGGGACUCCAGAAUUAAAUUAGGCCACUAAUGAAUCACUGAUCCCCAUUAACAGAUUGCUCUAAUUAUAUCCCAUCUCAUAUGCCACCCACUAACACUGCUAAUGUCCUCCCCCAUCACAGGGAGCUGCUGUCCUCAGGAUGCUCUCAGAGUUCAUCACUGAGGACAUCUUCUCCAAAGGUCUCCAAGUGAGUACAGUCAAAUAAAGCCAUCAACAUCUUCUCUGUAUGUUUAGUGACACACUACAUCACCCAUCUGAAACAAUGUUCUUCUGUUUUUGCCCAAUAUUAAUAGUUUACCUUUCAAUUUAAAAGCAAAAAUAAGUGUUACCAUACUUUUAUUUGCCUGCAGACAUACUUAGAAGAGUUCAAGUACAAGAACACCGUCUACACAGACCUCUGGAGACACCUGCAAAUGGUAAGAAUGCAUCUUUAUCACCAAUACCUCCUUUCUGCUCAAAGAAAGUUCUUUCUCUCUUUUAAAUCAUUAAUGUAAUGCAAAAGCAGUUGAAUAUAAUAAGAUAAUAAGACAGUUAGCUGGAAGCUGUUGGAUACUAAACAGGAAGAAAACACCGACCUUAAAAUUUCUCUGGUUGCAUACUAAUCGCAUUAGCCCGAAAUCGUAUUAGAUUUCUGAUAAACAGAGAUUAAUGUUUGCAUGGUAAAGUUGUAUUAAUUGAAGUAAAUUGGCCAUAUUUGGCCCGUAAAUAUGGGCUCAAGUUUCUUAAAAAGUGUUAGAUUUUGGCUUAUGUCUAACCACAGUGCCAACCCUUAUACUAAUAGAAAAGUCUUGAAGUAAGUUUUUAAUUUACACUUUAGGUAAAAAGUUGAAAUCUCAAGUCCACUUUCAAAGACAAAAGACAAAAGAUAAAAAGGCAAAAAAAUCGAAGUUAUUUUUGAGGAAAAAUAAAAAAAAAAACAGUUUGCUGAAUGAAACAACACAUUCCCAUGUUAUAUCCUGGACAAAACUGCUCCCAAUUAUCGUACUGGGUUCUAUGUUUUUGUGCAGUUGUCAUUUUUGCCCCCCGGAGAAAACUCACAGGUCCUGUCUUUAAAAGAAUUUAAUGUUAAGGAAAAAGUCAAAAUUCAUUUUUCUAAAAAAUGUCAGAAUAUAUUUUCAAGACAAAAGACUGAGGGCUCUAUUUUGAUGAGGCUGUGGAGGGCGGCGAGCCCCGCGCAGUUGUAUUUUCGUCUGGCGGAGCCCAGCGUAAGGCCAGUUUGGUAUUUUCGUGGACUGAGCCGCACGGAGGCGAGCCGAGAUCCGCCAAGCUGGGCGUGGUGGCGUGGCAGGGGGAGGUGUCGACAGAAUCAGCGGGCGCAGUAACAUUUUCGUGCUCGCCACCGGUGUGUAAAGUGCGCUGAAAGCUCGCCGAUUCAAACCUGGUCAGCUUUCAGCGCAGGCGGAGGGCAGCUGGUCUAGUAGUAUUUUGGUAGACCGGCGGCGUAUCGACAUACGUCACCGAUGCCUCACCGGCAGGUUUCCACAGUGUCAGGCACAUUUCAGUGCAAUAAAUAAUCAUCAUCAACUAUUAAUCUGAGUCAGCACAUACAUUUAGAUCUAUAUAGAUAUAUUCUGAUCUAUAUCUGAUCUGAUGAGCGCGUUUGGCACGCGUUUGGACACACAACCUGACCGAAUCAACACAGCUGAAACCGCAUCAAAUUAAAUUAAAUAUCUAGUAAAUAAACACACAUGAUGAAGUUAACAAGAUACGUAAUGUGUCUCCCUCCUUUUCUUUCUUCCUCUUAUUUCUCACACAGCUCGACCUGGACACGUCUCCGUGUCCUCUCUCUGUCCUUCAGCGGCUGAACAGAUGAUUUGUUUCAGUGCUCAGAUGCGUUAUCUCUUUUAAGCCGACAUACGGAUAUUAUAAUAUUCAGUUUUGUGAGGCAAAUUUAUUUUAUAUGCCAACAUCUAUGAAAGAAAGAGCCAGGCCACGGAGCGCGAUGCGUUAUUUACGCACAGAUGGUUCCGAUUUUAAUGCCAUUUUUGGAGUUUAUGUUGUGAUCUGUGCGCUAAACCCACCUUUGUCACGUGAGGUGUUUGUCUUACCAGUCCGUCCAACAUUGCACACACCAAAUCCAUCUGUGCUCAUAUAAGAGAGUGUGGAGGAUGCCCAAUGCAGCGCUUACAGUGACACUUGUUGAGGAGCUGGCUUCUGUCGCCAUCUUGUGGCAUUACUGUGUUCAGACAUCUCUUGAUUUCUUUGACUACUUCAUGAAAAUAGUAAUACGCCUCGCCUGUGGUGGAUUUAAAGGCAAGGAGAGCAGCUUAUGUGAUUGGUGAAAACAGGUCUCGGCUGUGUUAAACCCACUCCACGCCCUUUCUCCUCCCUCACUACGACUUACACCGCUGGGAGGAGCUGAGUUAGGGAGGGGGAAUACUUACGCCGGGCUGCGCUGCUCACCAAAAUACCAAAUUGUGCUUGGGAAUGCCUUGUCGACACGCCGGACCUGACUUACGCUGCGCUUGCGGCAAGUCUCCGGCGAGGCACGAAAAUAGAGCCCUGAAUCUAAAAGGGGGAGGUCACAAUAGCGUGUUGAACAGUUUCUAGUGAAAGCUUCAUGUUUUACUGAAACUUGCUGUGUUGAUCGUGCACUAUGAGGAAAAAAGUGAGGAACAAGUUAAAUUCAUUUUCACACUUCAGUUUUUGUUUUAUGUGAAAAAGACAAACAGAUGGCUGAAGUUGGUCCCUUCGGUUACACUCAUUAAUUUCCUGAUGUUGGCCUAAAGCUUUGGGUGAAACUCUGAACAUGUGCUUAUUGCCAGUGUUUCACAUUCUGAUAGGUUACAAACAAAGAAAUCUACAGAAGUGUAAAAAAAAAUUGCUGCAUCUGAGGAAAGUCAUACUCUAUGUCAAUAAUUCUGUUACCAGGCUGUUGAUAAAGCUGGCAUUAAGCUGCCAAACACUGUGGAGGAAAUCAUGAACCGAUGGAUCCUCCAGAUGGGGUUCCCUGUGGUCACCAUCAACAGCAAGACUGGAGAAAUCACCCAGAAACACUUCUUGUUGGACCCAGACUCUGUUGUGGAUACACCCUCACCUUUUAAGUAGGAAACACUUUGUAUAUUCAAUUUUAAAAAUGUUGAAUAUGUGACAGAUUUAAUUUUCUAAAAUUAGCUUUUUUCACCUUCCUCUCUUUACACAUGUGUUUGACUUGAUGCUUUUGGUUCCAGUUAUGAGUGGUUUGUUCCUCUUACAUGGAUCAAAAAUGGUGGGCCUGAACAGCAGUAUUGGCUUCUUAACGAAAAAGGUGGGUUUUGUUUCUAUUAAAUGUUCAAAGCAUUGCAAGAGUGAUGAAUACAAAACAAAUAGAUGCAUUCUUUGCUUUAUUUUCACCCUAACAGAUACAAAUGCAGACCUGGUUCUUGGCUCAAGUGAUUGGUUGGUGGCCAACAUCAAUAUGAAAGGUUUCUACAGAGUCAACUAUGACUCUGAAAACUGGGAGCAUCUCCUUACUAAGCUUAGCUCCAGUCAUAGGGUACACAAAUGUAGCAAGAAAUAAUACUGCUUUACCUCUGCUGUGCUAAUACUUAAUUUCCCAAUCCCCAAAACUCAAUGUUUACUCAUCUUUUAGGAUAUUCCAGAGAUCAACCGAGCCCGGCUUAUUGAUGAUGCUUUUAACCUGGCAAGGUAAGGCCAUGUUUAUAUAGAGCAUUGCUGUCAGAUGCUACAAAACAAGGUUUUAAAAUCACUUUUAUUUCAGAGCAAAGAUGGUGAACACAACCCUGGCUCUGAGGACCACCAAGUUCCUGGAUAAAGAAGUUGAAUAUAUGCCCUGGAAGACAGCCCGUAAUAACUUAAAUUACUUCUAUCUGAUGUUUGACCGCAGUGAUGUGUACGGACCCAUGCAGGUAUGUGAUGAAUGAUACAUGAAUGCUGUUGUACUUCUUUCAUGAAUCAGCACUGAAGAAGUCAAUCACGUCUCUGAAUGACACAAUAUUACUGAUUGAUAGAGGUUCAAAAGUGUGUACAUAUUCUCACCCCUCAGGCCUACAUGAAGAAACAGGUCACCCCUCUGUUUAACUACUUCAAAAACAUCACAUCCGACUGGAAAGACAUCCCUGAAAAACACACUGAUCAGUAAGUUUUCAAAUGUUUGUGUUCUUGUCUAUGAUACUCUUUAUUGUGUCCCACAGGCAACUUGACUAGAAGUCAAGUACAGCACAAACUGAGCCUCUUCCACUCUCGUAGUGAUAAAUAUUAAGUGUAUUGCACAUGUUCUUUAUUAAACAAAGCAGAAAAAGGCAAAAAUUCUAAAACAUAUGGUGGCUUUUACACAGCAUGUAUAAUGUGUUAUAUCUGAAUACAGUUCGUUAAGAUACGUUAAGCUACAGUGUGAUCUGUCACGUGAUGAUGUUACCAACAACUAGAGUCUUGACAAAAUGGUGUGAUUUAAAGGGAUAUUAUGAUAUAAUAUUUUACUAGGAUGAGAUUGACAUGAUAGUUGAGGAUGAUAUGAGAUCUGAUACCAUUUUCUACAGUAAUAUACCGUGCUAAACUAUCCAAUAGGAUACCUUACCAUACCACACAACAAGACAUAACACAAUCCAAUACAAUUUGAUAUAUUGAUAUAAUACAAUACAAUACAAUACUGUAUGAGUUUACACAACAUGAUAUAACACCAUGUUUUCAAGUCUCCAUCUCCCAUUAUCUUCUCCACAUUAAGUUGCCAUCUCAGAGGUCUACUUCAUUAAGGUUUAUACUAAAUACAAACAUACUUAUACUCCUGAGUUUACACCUUUAUCAUCUUUCAAUUUGCACUCUUACUUGAAAGACACAAAAAAACAACAGACUACCUUAUUUAUUAGGACACAAUCUCACUGAUUUAAACCCCCCGAUGAGCGGUCCAAGGUUGGAUGUGUUUUGAACCGUUUCCUCACUCUUGUAUUUCAUGUCUCCAUCCAGGUACAACCAGGUGGUUGCUAUCUCCACUGCCUGCAGUGCUGGAGUGGCGGGUUGUAAAGAGCUGACCACAGGCUGGUUCAGGGAGUGGAUGAGUAACCCAGACAACAACAAGUAAGAAGACCUGAUUAGUGUUGGAUGAAGUAUCUGAAAGCCAAGUCAGCUGUUCUGAUCUUUCCUUUCUAAAGUAUUUGAUACUCACUACAUGUAGAAUGAGACCCAUCAUACUUAUUAGCCAUAUACAUUAGCUGUUGAUAUAAUGAUCUUAGAGAUUGUGAUUCCCAACCUUAAUACAAGCUCUUUGUAUGUAGAUAUUUUAUUACUGGCUGUGUAAUUUUCUCUGCCUGUACCCCCCUGAUCCUAUUUAUCACCCCCUUAUCCCUGAUUUCACUGCUGUUGUUGCCUUUAACUCAUCCUUAUCCCUUGUUUCAGGAUUAGUCCCAACCUGAAGUCCACAGUGUACUGCAGUGCCAUCUCAGCAGGAGGAGUGGAGGAGUGGGACUUUGCCUGGUCCAUGUUCAAGAAAGCUACCAUCGCUUCAGAGGCUGAAAAGCUCAUGGAUGCUCUGUCCUGCACCAAACAACCCUGGCUGCUCAACAGGUGAGUAACACUAAAGCUUUGCUGGAUACUGUUUGUUUUUGUUGGACUUGAUCAUCUAGAGGUGGAUUUGCACUUGCAGCAAAUUUGCAUCCAGAGCUUUUUUUUGUCCUCACUUUGAAUGUGUUUCAGGUAUCUGGAAUAUUGUCUAGACCCACAGAAGAUCCGUAAGCAGGAUGCUACUUCUGCUAUUGUUUCUAUUGCUGGAAAUAACGUUGGUCAGCCUCUGGCGUGGGACUUUAUCAGAGCCAACUGGCGUCAUCUAUACAAUGAGUGAGUUUCCCCUUAUUCACAUGAAUAUUAUGUUGGUUUGAUAGUAAAUACAGUACAUAUAAAAACAUAGAGUUAGCGUUAAAUAUGAUUCUGUAGAGUUAUUGAAUAAUUUGAACCGGGAAGAAUAUUUUUUAUCCUUCAACUUUGUUCAAGCUAAAACAGCUAAGCAGCUCCUUUCAUAUCAGUCACCAUGAAAUAGUUGUUCAUGGUUUGAGGAGGAUACACACAGGUUUUGGCAAUCCAAAUAUGAUGUUAUGUUACACUGACAAUAUUAACGCUGAAGUGUCUUACAAGUACAAGCAAAAGAAUGACACCCAACCAAAAUGAUUUUUUGGCAUACGGGCCGAGGUACUGGAUGUAAUUGUAAGGUUUUAGUCUGUGACUUUCCAUGAACUGCAGGGACCAUGGUGCGUUCAAAAUAUGGCUCUGUUUUAUACUUGAAUUAUCUAAUUGUUAGCAUGCUAGCAUGCUCAAACAGACUAUAGUAGAUUACAAUAUAUCUGCCAACCAGUUGUUAGCAUGCAGAGUUAGUCCCUUGUUCUGAUUUUUGUGAGCACAUUUUGUAGCUGUUUGCGCAGUGAUCUAACUUGUGUUGUUUUUGUUUUUCUCUUCAGGUAUGGUGGUGGAUCAUUUAAUUUUGGUCGUCUUAUUAGUGGAGUGACAAGAAGAUUCUCAACUGAUUUUGAGUACAAACAGGUAGGGACAGCUUUUGUUCUGUUUUCAGAACUUUUUUGCCAAAUGUUGGAAUUUUAGUCAUUUGGUUUGGAUAGCUCGCCUCUUUUUGUAAAGAAUAAAGAAAUCUGUAUUCAAGUCAUCUCACAAGCUUGUUAGUUUGAGUUAUACAAAUAUACAAAGUUAUUCUAUCAUCAUAUUUGUUAGUGUUGUUCUCAACAUGCAGAACUGAACCCUCCUUUUCCUCCACAGUUGCUCCAGUUCAAAGAAGACAACGCUGGUCAGUUGGGCUCGGCCUCUGCGUCUCUUGAGCAGGCUCUGGAGGGAACAAAAGCCAAUAUCAAUUGGGUCACCUUAAACAAGAAAGAAGUGCUGGACUGGUUCAACAAUGAAGCUUCCUCUACACGUUAAAACUCCACACUGCACAGUUGACAGUAAACAUAAGUUGUCAUAAUCCUAGAAAAUGGAUGUAAACUGCUUGAAAGACAUGAGACUCACUAAAAUGCCUGCAUCAGCUGCUUCGAGAGACAGCAUCUAAAAAUUGUUUUUAAGACAGAGGAUGAAACAAUUAUAUUUUAGUACACCAGAGUGAGAAAUUUGAGUUUUUUUUUAAAUCUAACAAAUCAUGUAAUUUAUUUAAGAGGGAUCAAAAAGAAAAGUGUGGAAAAAAUGGAUAAUACCCCCUUUUUAAACUCAGGCUGAUACCAAAUUGUUAUUAUCCUUAUUAUUAAAAAUGUCCCAAAUGUGAUGGAGCUUUUUUAGAUGUGAAUUUUUGAUCAAGAUUUUUUAUGAAUAAAGACCAUUUGAUACCUAAAA